AAAUAAUACAUUGAAAUUAGUAAAAUCAUGAGCACAUGUUCCAAAUGUUAUUAAAACUCAUAAAAAACUUUUUUUUUCAAGGAAACAGGAUCUCCUUCAGAAAAAUCACUGAUUGUUGCCAAAGAUUUAUCGAAAUUGACGAACCUCAUCAGCUCCACGCCGAUUUCUCUGCAAAGACAGUCCGAGGUUGAGCCAAAUAAUAAAAAUAAAAUAGAUAGUUACAGGACAUCAAAAGUUCUCUCAACCAGUGGGAGAAAAGUAGGGAAAGAAAAUAGUUGUUUAAUUGAUGAGCAUCCCUCCAAUAUUUUGAUAGAGGAGGAUGAUGGUACACCUAUGGUUAAGAGGAGAAAGAGGAUCUGUACUAUGUAUAAGUACAGACCUGAAGAUAUAUAUGAGGAAAUAAUAACAGGUAUUAAGCAGAAACGUCCGAAAGAAGAAUAUUACAAGUCAUUACUUGAUGAGCAAUCCAGAAGCAUGAAUCAAAGUUAUUUGAAUGAGAGUGGGACAUCAUUUAACAGAAGCAAGAAACGUUUUAAUUCCACUCAUAAACGUGAAGAAAGUCAUUUGGAGAGUCCGAGAAGCAUUGGGAAAAGGAAAUCUCGCAUUAAAAAACUGGAAAAUACACAAGAAGAAAGGAAGGACCUGUUGGAUGAUAAACACGAACCAAAGACACAAUCAGAUCACAAUCAUCACAACGGUGGUGAAGCCCAGACAAGUUCGAAAGAAAAUAAACAAAGACGUGGUUUCAAAGCUAACGCCAAUCAUGAAGGAGAAAAUACCGAAGAUAGAAAAAGCCAGAAUAUUUCGAAAGGUUUCUCAACGAGUGGGAGAAAAGUAGGAAAAGAAAAAACCUCUUUAAAUGAUGAGCAUCCGUCCAACAAUGUUACACAUGAGGAUGGUAGUACACCCAUUGUUAAGAGAAGAAAGAGGGCUUGCACAAUGUAUAAAUACAGACCCGAAGAUAUAUUUGCUGAAAUCAUAUCAGGCCUUGAAAAUAGGAAAACCCGUUCUAUAAAACGCGAAAAUCGAAAUGAAGAAAAAGAGGAACUGCCUGUUGAUGAGCAAGUCCCCAGGACACAAUCAGCUGGCGAACAUCACACUUCAAAUGGGGGUGGAGCGCAGGCUAGUUCGAAAGAAAACAAAAAAAGACGUGGCGUCAAAGCCGAUGCCAGCCGUAAAGAAGAAAAUACCCAGGAAACAGAGAGCGAGGGGCAACCAGCAGAACCUAAUGAAAGAAAAAGAAGAAGGGCCGUGAAGAAGGUUGAAUAUAAGGAACCCAGUCUCAAUGUCGCUUGGAGGUUGGCAGAUGCAUCGCUGAGAAAAAGGUUACGGAGAAGGAAACUGAGGAGAGAGUGACUGACCUAGCCAUUUCGCACAUAUAGCUAGUUGAUAAGUUUAAUUUUUUAUUUUGUUCAAUGUUUAUCGCCGUUCAUUAUUUAAAAAUAUAUUUUGAUUAUAAUAAAACACUUUGUUUUUUGAAGA